AGCUUCAAACAAACAAACCUUAUUGGUUGAAAUAUUUACAGAUAAUAAGAAACAUGGUACAAAAUGUAACAUCCUAAAAAAAAACCGAGUUCGUGCUUUGAUUGUUUGCUUUAGAGCAAAGCCACAUAGAGCUAUCUGCUGUGUCCACCACGAGGAAUAGAACCGCGGAUUUUAGCGUUGUAAGUCGUUAAACUAACCGCUGUCCCACCAGAGGACCGAGUUCAUGUACCUUAACAAAAUAUGGAAUACAUUACAAAAAGGUAUUGUCAGAUGACCGAGGACAACCGUUUAUAUUUGCUUAAUCAAUUUUUCUUCUUCUUUCCAGAUACGCCUACACAGACGCUCUGAAUUUUGAAAGAGUUGAAGACGCCAUGUUGACAGCUAUGGCCGCCAAGAAGUACUUGCUUCCGCAUCUGUUGCGAGAAUGUUUUAACUACAUCGAGAAAAACGUUUCGCACACGACGGUAUGCCAGGUUUUAGAGUUUGCUCUAAACCUCGAAUCACACCACGUUGUUUUUCAGUGUCUCAACAUCAUUGACCGACAAACAUAUUAUGUGUUAACAUCGCCUAACUUUUCCAAAGUAAACCUCGCUAUUCUCGAGAUCAUUGUGCAGAGAAAACAUCUUAACCUUCACUCAGAGAUUAUCCUUUAUAGCGCCCUCGUCCUGUGGGCCCAAGAGGAAUCAAAGCGACGUGGUCUUGAACCAACCAUCGAGAACGUAAGGACUGUAAUGGAUAAGAUAUUACCUUCCAUUCGCUUCCUCGCCAUGACAGCUGAGGAUUUCAGUAAAGGACCAGCUAAAACAGGACUACUUUCUAAGGAGGAGUGUUUCUACAUAUUCAUGAAUCUUGCCGUGCCUGGUAUUACAUCCUUACCACGAGGAAUAUGUUCGGAGACUUUAAGACGUACCCCUCCGCCAGAAUAUUACGUGUGUACUCGCUUCAAACCCAUCUCAUUUCACACACCCAUUCGACCAUUACGAGUUUUUGGAAUUCGUUUUGCUGUCACCAACAUGGAUGUUUUUGUUGUAGGGCUUGGUAUUUCUAUUAGACUGGAUGUUGGGUAUUAUUCCGCUAGAAAUCCGAGUUACGACGGACUACUUCGGUGUACGUGCAAGUUCCCGGAUGAACGUCUGGCUCGUGAAGAACUUAAAGUAAACUUUGUGCUUGCUAAAGAUAAAGAUGUGAAAAUUAGGUUUCGAAAACCACUCUUCGCUCGUAAAGGUGUCGAAUACGAAAUUGAGCUUCAGACACGGUCUUCUGUAUCACAAGAUAUCCUUGCACCCAACAACCGUAGCAGAAAACGAGAAGAAACAGCAGAGGGCGCUACAUUUCAGUUUUCAGCAUUUAAAAAAGGACAUCAGAAUGAGAUGGUGGAAGUAAUGGAAUUUUCCGAGAUUAUGUUUUACUAUUAAACUAUAGUUUUCUGGAAGAUAUGUUACUGUGGAUUAUGGAACGGCAUCUUUUCGUUUUGGUAACAUUGGAAACAACAUCCUUUGUUAAUAUGGGCCUUCAGACCUUCCUGGAGAAGGCUGCGAAGAAAUGCCGUGACAUAUAUAUAUAAAUUGAAUUUCAAAUAUGUUAAAUAUUCGUGAAUUCAAAUGCAUUUAUUUCAUUCAAAGAAAUAUA